GCUCAGGCUCUGGCGCAGGGUCUGGAGGGAGGAGAUCUCCUCGAGUUUGACUGGACUCGGCGACAGUUUGGGGGAGGACGGGGAGGUGCGCGUACUACAAUGGCCGAAAGUGAAUAUAGGGUGUCCCGAGUGGACGCCGGCAGCUUGGGGAGUUUCGACCUAAUGUCGCGACUUGAGGGACAAGAGGUCAAAACUGAGGUCCCUAGGACAGCAGAGGCCGGCUUAUAUACAUGGGGAGAUAAGGGCAGGCUGUGCGCGUUGGUCCGUGCGCAGCUGGUCCGUGCGCAGCAUGCCGACGCGGCCCCGGGGGCCGUAGAUAACGACAUGUCCAUAUCCGGUAUGUAG